GCGCAAAAUCCCACCUAUGUAUAAUCAGGCAGUGUAAACAAGUAAUGGCAUGGCGGAAGAAAACAUUAGCAUUAUUUACUUGUAUAAUUCUUUCAAGUUUACUUUUUCUACAAGGAUAUAUAAACCUUCUUGUGAAGUUACCAACGCGUGAUUACCGACACAAACGUCCGCAUGAUCCGACUUCCGGUACUGUCAGAUCCGGUGUUGCUGGGGAAGUCAAGAGCAAUGGUGUUGGCGAGGUCAAGAUUAACUUAAAACCUGGCUUCUACAAAAUCAUCAAAACCAAACCACUGGACAACGCAAGUAUUUUCGGAAAUGGCAGAAAGAUAUAUCAAUAUAGCAAGAAUUAUAAUGACAUUGUUAUACCUAGACCAGAUAAAAGGCAAAGGUUUUCUAGUGAUUUAUUAGAUAAAAACGCUCCAAUAAUCUCUGACGGCCGUCACGGCAAUAUUGAUUGGACGGAACAGGCUGACGACACAGUUGCGAAGGAGCAUGCGCAAAGAAUUCAGAAUCUCCAAAACGCUUGUCAUGAUGCGGCAAUGUACAGAAGGCGCGAACAACGAAAGGGUAACCUUAGUGAGUUCUUUUAUUCAAGAGCUCAUAAAUUUGCAUACUGCAAAGUACCAAAAUCCGGCAGUACAUUCUGGAUGAAUGUUUUCAUGAUUCUCAGCAGGGGAGAGAACUAUUCCAAGCUGGUUUCGCGAAUGUCACGGGCGGAAAUACACGAACGCACACGAUUAUUCAUUACAGACCCAGGGCGAAUCCUGCACAACAAUAUUCCAACUAUUAUGUCUUCCAGAAAUCCAUUUUCUAGACUUUUCUCUGCCUAUGUUGAUAAAGUGUUUAUUCCACUGUUUUGGCAGCAAUUUACAUAUAUGAACAACGUUACUGUAUUGCCGUCGUAUUAUAUAAAUGAUACGAUAGACAUAUUAAAAUCUUCUAACGUGCCUUUAAGCAGUCGACUAGCUAAAUAUAAAGAUAGCUUACGAGAAAAGGGAAUGCUAAUACAGAAAAAUGUAACUCAAAAAAUAACACCAGUAUGCGCAAAUAAUGCAAGUUUUGAGGACUUUUUAAGAUUUAUUAUAUCUGAAAUAAAAUCCAACCGGGCGUUGGAGCCCCACUGGGCUCCAAUUUCGCACCUGUGCCAUCCAUGCAAAUUCAACACAUUUAAAAUCAUUAAACAAGAAACAUUUUCAAAGGAUGUAGAACAUACGUUAAAAAGCGUGGGAGUAAAUCUUGCACGUUUUGAAUGGUUGGAAAAUUCUUUAAAUGAAAAUAGGGCAGAGAACUCUAUUCCAGGGAUUAUAGCUGUGAUAAGGAAUAAAUUUAAGCAGAGAUCGGUGAGUAACUGCAUCAACCAAACUGGAAUCCUAAUAAGACUGUGGAAAUCUUUACAAAUUCAGGGAUUUAUAAAUAAAGGAAUUGACUUCCCCCAAAAAUUACUCCAUUUAGAUUGGAACAAAUAUAGUCAUAAAGUAACGGAAGUAGUGUUAGACGCCAUUUCGCAAAAACCGAUGACGUCAGCAGAUCGGUUGGAGCAGCGUGACUAUUUUUUGAAGCAGGCUUACAGCGAAUUGCCGUCGGACGUUAUUUCAGAUAUUCAAGACAUUUAUUACUUAGAUUUUAUACUAUUUGACUAUUCAGUGAACCCUCCUAAAUGAUUUUCCGUUUUAGGAAAAUAUUCUAUACUAUUUGAUUAUUCAGUGAACCCUCGUAAAUGAUUUUCCGUUUUAGGAAAAGAUUUUAUACUAUUUGACUAUUCAAUGGUGAACCCUCCUAAACGAUUUUUCGUUUUAAGAAAACAUUUGAUACUAUUUGACUAUUCAGUGAACCCUCCUAAAUGAUUUUCCGUUUUUAGGAAAAUCAGAUUUGUUGUAACUUUCCGUACUUGAAAAUCCAAGAACCGCUUUCAUUUCUUUUGUUUGUUCCUAUGAGAAAGAUCCAUUUCCAAAAUAGUUAUUUUUUCGUAAUUUUGCUGUCAGAGUAGUUGUGAAUAUGUACCAGAUGAAAAAAGACAAAGCAGACUAUAAGACUCUCUCACUGGUUGAAGGUGCAGAUGGGAAUAUCAGGCCUCGAGGAUAAAUGUUUAAGGCGGUAACGAGGUCAAAACAGUUACCCUCGAGCCGGAUUUUCCCACCUGCACAUACCACCAGUGAUUGAAUCUUUUUCUUGCAUGCCAUAUUCAACAAAUAAUAAAUGGUAAAACUAAAUUCA